AUGGCUUCAGAAUCCGGAGUGGCUUUCUUGCCCACAGGCGCGCUCAUUCAGGAGCUCAAGGUCGCGGGGCAUAACAUCGUGUUGGGAUAUUCCAGCGUGGAGCCCUAUGCCGAGGCGCCGUUCUUUGGUGAGACCAUCGGACGGGUUGCAAAUCGGAUAAAGGAAGCGCAGAUCGAUCAUCUCAAUGGCAAGUCUUACAAGUUGGCUGCUAACAAUGGACCCAAUCAUUUGCACGGUGGGUUGCAAGGCUGGGGGAAGAAGGUGUUCACUGGGCCCAAGCCCCUAAAUCGCAAUGGAAAGGAGAGCCUCCUGUUCACUUACGUGUCUCCUGAUGGAGAAGAGGGGUAUCCAGGCACUGUCGAACUUAGGGUGUGGUACACUGCGUAUGAAGAGGCACAAGACACAGGAGGCCCCAGAUUAGUUCUCGAGACUGAAUAUGAGGUAGAGCUGAUUGGGUCCGAAGUUGACCAGACCGUCAUCAACGUAACGAAUCAUAGUUACUUCAACAUUAGUGGAGGUCCCACUAUCGACGGAACAGAGGUCACACUGGCAUCGACAAAGUAUCUGGAAGUGGCCGACGCACAGCUCAUCCCCACAGGGAGAAUUGAGGAUUUCCCAGGCGUCGAGGCCAACAAAGCGAUUGUCCUAGGCGCGAAAGAACCUGUAUUCGAUCAUGCGUUCAUUGUCGACUCCGACGCUUCUAAUGUUCCCCUCGACACACGAAAUGGCCCUCUUCGAAAAUUGGCCGGUUUCUCGCACCCCACGACGCAGCUUCACAUUGACUUCUUCAGUACGGAGCCGGCGUUCCAAUUCUACACUGGUGAGCACAUCGACGCAGCGGCUCAUGGAGACACUCCAGCAAGAGGGGCACGUGCGGGAUUUUGCAUUGAGCCUAGUCGCUAUAUCAAUGCCAUCAACGAGCCUGGGUGGAGAAAUCAAGUUCUCCUAAAGCGUGGCGACGUUUGGGGCGCGAAGACCGUGUACAAGGCUUGGAAAUCAUAA